AUGGACCAAGUGGAUAAUAAUGCUCUUAGCGCAGCUCAGAAAUUAAAUUCCAUAUUCAAAGAAGCCUUUUCAAUAUUUGACAAACGUGGCAAUGGUACUAUUGAAACAAGCGACUUAAAAGGAUUGUUACAUUGUCUUGGUGAAUAUCCUAAAUACGCUGAAUUGCAAAUGUUGAUUAAUGAAGUGGACCCAAAAGGCAAAGGUUUCAUACGUUUUCCUGAUCUCGUAACUAUAAUGGGCCGUAAAUUGCGGUUAGGCAGUCACAAUGAGAAAGACAUUUUGGAAGCUUUUUGCAUUUUUGCCAGUGACGUUGACGACUACAUCACACCUGCUAAGUUUAAACGUGCCAUGGAAAAAGCUGGGAAAAGAAUAUCUGACGAAGAAAUUGGCGAAAUGAUUGCUGCAGCCGAUAAGAACGGAGACGGACAAAUUGAUUUCGACGAAUUUAAAGCUAUAAUCAACGGUUCCUGA